AUGGAAUUGGAUAAAUGCCUUGAGUUGCUUUACCGUGGCCAACUGCUGCCCGAAGUGACGGUGAGAGCAUUGUGUUUUAAACUGAAGGAGAUGUUGGUAAGAGAAUCGAACGUUGUUCAUAUUAGCACACCUGUGACUGUGGUUGGGGAUAUCCAUGGCCAAUUUCAUGACUUAAUGGAGAUCUUUCAUAUUGGAGGACCUGCACCCGAUACAAACUAUCUGUUUUUGGGAGACUACGUGGAUCGAGGGUUAUACAGUGUAGAGACUAUAAUUUUGCUAGUUGCAUUGAAACUGCGAUAUCCACGCCGGAUACAUCUACUAAGAGGGAAUCAUGAGUCGCGACAGAUUACGCAGAGUUACGGAUUCUAUACAGAGUGUUUGAACAAAUAUGGAGACGGAUCGAAAGUAUGGCACCAUUUGACGGAUCUUUUUGAUUAUUUGGUACUGUGCUGUAUCAUAGACGAUGAAUUGUUUUGUGUUCAUGGAGGGUUAUCGCCGAAUGUACAAACUAUUGACCAGAUCAAGAUCAUCGAUCGGUUUCGAGAAAUCCCACACGAUGGGGCGAUGGCUGACCUGGUUUGGUCUGAUCCAGAGGAGCUCAACACUGAUAGUAUUGGCCAUAGAGAGGAAUUCUACCGAGAAUCUUCACAGCAGUUUCAGGUAUCUCCAAGAGGUGCUGGGUACACUUUUGGCCGAUGUGUGGUGGAGAAGUUUCUACACACCAAUGAUAUGAGUCGAAUAUACAGAGCACAUCAGCUGUGCAAUGAGGGAUACCAGGUUUAUUUUGACGGCUUAGUGACGACCGUGUGGUCUGCGCCUAACUACUGUUACAGAUGCGGCAACAAGGCUUCAAUCCUAGAACUUUACUCAACCAACGAGUUCUAUUUCAACGUGUUUGAAGAAGCACCAGAGAAUAAACUCCUAAAUGAUAAUGUCAACUUGCUGGUCACCAAUAGCAAGGCCAUUGCUGACUAUUUCGACGAUAACGUAUCCGAACCACCACAGCAGGAAAAUGCUGAGACUGACAUAUUCUCGGAUGCAUACCAGGCUCGCUCAGCUUCAUCAAGACGAGUCGAAUAUUUUCUGUGA